AUGAAGGUCGUUCCCGUUCCCGUGCGCGAAGACAACUACGCCUACCUUCUCAUCGACGAUGUCUCAGGAAAGGCAGCAGCGGUCGACCCGUAUGAUGUGCCCAAGGUCCGCGCCGCUGCAGAGAAGGCCGGCGUGCAAAUCAUCGCGAGCAUCACCACACACCACCACUACGACCACAGUGGUGGAAACCAGGCUUUCGCCGCCACCUUCCCCGGCGUGCCCAUCUAUGGUGGAAGUCACAAGGCGCCAGCCGUGACCAGCAUCGUCAAGGACAAGGACGAGUUCACCAUCGGCGACGCCAUUAGCGUCAAGUGUCUCGCGACGCCUUGUCACACGCAGGAUUCCAUCUGCUACUAUGUAACCUCGUCCUCUGGAGCGUCCCACUCUGGCGGUGUCUUCACCGGCGACACCCUCUUCAUCGCCGGCUGCGGCCGCUUCUUCGAGGGCACCGGCGCUGAGAUGCACGCCGCACUCAGCUACCUCGGCACACUGCCCGCACAGACGGUCGUGUACAACGGCCACGAGUACACUGCAGGCAAUGUCGCCUUCGCCAAGUCCGUCGACCCGCAGAACCCCGCGCUCGCCCGCCUUGAGGGCAUCCUGCGCGAGCACAAGAGCACUACCGGGCUCACCACCAUCGGCGAUGAGAAGGAGUGGAACCCCUUCAUGCGCCUGCAGAGCGCUCCGAUCCGGGAGGCUACCGGGGCAGAUGCCGAUAACAAUAUUAUGGACAUCCUAAGGACUAAGAAAAAUACCUUCUAA